UACCCUAACCAUGUAUUUUCAACAAUAUUGGAGAGAUAAAAGGCUCGCCUAUUCCGGGAUCCCUCUCAACCUCACGCUUGACAACCGAGUGGCUGACCAGCUGUGGGUUCCCGACACAUAUUUCUUAAAUGACAAGAAGUCAUUCGUGCAUGGAGUGACCGUGAAGAAUCGCAUGAUCCGCCUCCACCCCGACGGGACGGUACUGUACGGGCUCAGGAUCACCACCACCGCGGCGUGCAUGAUGGACCUCAGGCGGUACCCGCUGGACGAGCAGAACUGCACCCUGGAAAUCGAGAGCUAUGGCUACACCACAGACGACAUUGAGUUUUACUGGCGAGGUGGGGACAAGGCCGUCACCGGAGUGGAGCGGAUCGAGCUCCCACAGUUCUCCAUCGUGGAGCACCGACUCGUCUCAAGGAACGUUGUCUUUGCCACAGGUGCCUAUCCUCGACUCUCGCUGAGUUUCCGGUUGAAGAGAAACAUUGGCUACUUCAUCCUGCAGACGUACAUGCCCUCUAUACUGAUCACGAUUCUCUCCUGGGUGUCCUUCUGGAUCAACUAUGAUGCGUCUGCAGCUCGAGUUGCCCUUGGAAUCACAACUGUGCUGACCAUGACCACCAUCAACACGCACCUUCGGGAGACUUUACCCAAAAUCCCCUACGUCAAAGCCAUUGACAUGUACCUCAUGGGCUGCUUCGUCUUUGUGUUCCUGGCCCUUCUGGAGUAUGCCUUUGUCAACUACAUUUUCUUUGGAAGAGGCCCUCAAAGGCAGAAGAAGCUUGCUGAGAAGACAGCCAAGGCAAAGAACGACCGCUCCAGAAGCGAAAGCAACCGGGUGGACGCUCACGGAAACAUUCUCUUGACGUCGCUGGAGGUUCACAAUGAGAUGAACGAGGUUGCAGGCGGCGUUGGCGACACCAGGAAUUCAGCAAUAUCCUUUGACAACUCAGGAAUACAGUACAGGAAACAGAGCAUGCCCCGGGAAGGGCACGGGCGGUACAUGGGAGACAGAGGCAUCCCGCACAAGAAGACCCACCUACGGAGGAGGUCCUCGCAGCUCAAAAUUAAGAUCCCUGAUCUCACCGACGUGAAUGCCAUCGACAGGUGGUCCAGGGUCGUGUUCCCCUUCACCUUUUCUCUUUUCAACUUAGUUUACUGGCUGUACUAUGUUAACUGAGUGACUGUACUUGAUUUUUCAAAGACUUCAUUUAACACUGAGUGAAUAUACCCUGCCUGUCAAGUUUUUAUACUUGUACACACGACACACAUACACACACACACACACAUGUAUACAUACGCAAUUGUAUAUAUAUGUGAACUUUCUCAGCAUAUAUAUAAAAUACACGUGUAUAUGAGGAUGUAUGUGCAGAGGUCUCUACACACCGGUGUACGCACCCGUGUAUAUGGCCUUAUACACACAUACAUAUAAACAUUUUGCAGCUAUGGACAAUUCAACACAGGAUGCAUAUUAAAGAACGUCAUAGUUUUUCUUUUUUAAUUGAAAGGGACAAGUAUCAUCUAAAUAUUACGCCUUGGAAUGAGGACGUGAAACAGCACCAUCCCAAAAGUGUGUCUUUUAUUAUCAUAAGUUAGAUGUUUUAGUUGAAAACUCAGAAAGACAUUCUUAGUUCCUUUUCCGAAGCUCAUACGGUGGUGUUGCUAGUCGAAUCCGAGCCACACACCUCAGACCCUCCUUUCAGUUUUCUGAGCAAAGGCGUGCUGGAUCCCUGGUGACGGGUUUCGAUUGCGCCAGGUAUACUUUUUCUGCAGUAGUUUAGCAGAGGAAGUGCUUGCCUGUUGUCUUAAACGUAAGUAGUUCUCACAUUGAGGUCUGAACGUCCAUCUUUUGCAAAGCCAGGAGUGAAGGGCAUCGCCUUGUCAGUACGCUGAGACCCGUCUGCGUAGGGCUUUACUGUUCACUUGGCGUGGAUCCAGCUUAACUGUCAUGUGGGAACGCAGUGGCAAGUUUUGGUAAUGACAGUUCAGUCCCUGAACAUGUGCUCUACGCCUCGUCCAGAUUUCCAGGCCUGAUAUCUAACAGGAGCAUAGACGUCUCAGGUUCUUUGUUAUCUAAGGUAAAACCAUCUAGGAUGAUUUCUCCCUUGCAGUUAUGUUAUCAACCAUUCUUAUAACAUUGUAUGUUAAUAUAAAGUAUAUUUGCAUAGUGUGCAUACAUAUGUAUAUUUACCAAGAUUUUGUUUCUUAUGCUUGCUAUCAUGGCAGCAUGCUGUGUCAUAUUUUUCAUUAUGUGAUGUAACUACUUUCUGUUAUCUAGAAAUUAAGAUUGAAGCUAAAACACUUCUACUGUUCGCUUUCAGAAACUAAGAAACAUCCUCAUGCCUUUGUUUUCUAUCUGACAUAUCUCAUAAGCACAUCCAACUACUCCUAGGCCAACUAGGAAUCUGCAGGAACACAACCAGUACACCCCACGCAUCACCCCACCACCCGUGACCGUUCUCUGAGGCCGAGGAGGGCCGCCUGACAACAAACACAGUCACUUUUGCUUCCUUCUGAUCCACAGCCUCAUCAGUAUUUGGACUUUUUAAAGCUCGUAGAAACAAGACAAGGUGCACCGGUUUCGUAGACGCAACCUUAACUUACUAUUUAGAUGAGAUCUUUCUAAAGAAAAAAA